CGCUGCCGCUCGUUCAUCGCAACCAUACGCGAAGAUGGGUGAUAUGUCCAAGAGCACACCAAAGAAGACGUCUCGCAUACUGGCUGCGCUUGAUUACUCGUCGAUGCUUGCUUCUUCCUCAAGUUCUCAUACCACUAUGCAAACAUCCCAAACUCUCGGCAAGCGGAAAUCAGAUACCUUUCCUGUGUCGCCAGUGAGGAGAGUACAAACCCUCCCAGACGUCGGUUCCAUGAUUCAUGGACCACAAUCACCAUUCAACAAGCCUGUGCCCGCGACUUCCGCUGCUGGCGCUUCAUCACACGGCGCGUCAUCUGGAGCUGGUGGAUCCACAUCAAGAACCAGGAACGAGAUUCAAAGCAAUCUCAUUACAUCUGGCUUUUCUUUGAGAUUCGACAACGAAACUCCUGUCAGUCGCAUUGACCAAGGAGGCCCUGAUCAAGAACGGAGAUUGGCAGAAUUUGUUUAUAACUCUAUCGAAACCCUUGGGGAUAGGCGAUCCGUUAAGGAUGCCAUCCAGAACCUUGGUCUUCAGAGCGACAAGGAUCUCCUCCCUGGUCUAGAAGUCCGGCUUUUACCUCACCAGCUCAUUGGCGUGAACUGGAUGGUGGACCAAGAAAAGAGGUCCCCUCACAAGGGUGGUAUCUUGGCAGAUGAAAUGGGCCUUGGCAAGACUGUUCAAAUGAUUGCCACAAUGGCAGCCAAUAUGCCCAAGGACACUGAUGCUGUGAAGACUACUCUCGUCGUCGUUCCCUCUGCGCUCCUUCAACAGUGGAAAGAGGAAAUAGAGACGAAGUCUAACGACUUAUUUACUGUUCACAUACAUCACGGACGGGACAAGCUUUCCACCCUGAUGGACGUCAGAUCUAAAGAUGUUAUCAUCACUACAUAUCAAACCCUAAGCAUGGAGCUUACCAUUCCAAAAGACCUUGAAGAAGGCGAGGAGCUGGCUUAUCUCGAAAACCACGGAGGGGUGCUUGGUCGCGUGAGAUGGUAUCGUGUGAUUUUAGACGAGGCCCAGUUUAUUCGAAAUAGAGGAACGCUUGCUAGCCGCAGCGUUGCUCUUCUCCGUUCGACUUAUAGGUGGAUGCUUACCGGCACACCCGUCACAAAUACCCUUGCUGACAUAUAUGGGCUUAUUCGCUUUGGGCGUUUCCGCCCUUGGAAUGACUGGGAGUCGUUUAAACUAUAUGUUGCAAAGGUGCAGCAAGAGGAUGCGCCACUUGCGGCAAUGCGAGCGCAGGAAAUUUUGAAGCCCCUGUUGCUUCGUCGUACAAAGCUAGCAAGAUUGGAAGGAAAACUGAUCCUUCAGCUGCCCCCGAAAAACAUCGAGCUCGUGACUCUUGAAUUCUCGGCAGACGAGCGGCAGCUGUACGAUGAUUUCGAAAAGAAAAGCCACAUUCAAAUCAAUCGCUUCAUCAAAAGGGGGACACUGUUAAAGAAUGCAACCAUUAUCUUGGCGAUGAUCCUCCGGCUUCGGCAGUUGUGUUGCCACCCGAACUUAAUCCUGUGUCAUACAGGAGAGCACGAGGAUCCUUCAUUACUCAUGUCCGACGACAAGGAAAGGGAGCUUGCGCGAGCGAUUCGAGUCAUGGGGUCGACCUGGGUCAACGAUGUCAAGAAGAGGUUCAUGACGCGUGCGCUUGAGAAUAAUCUACUUGCCUUUUCAGAUGAGGAGGGCGCAGAUGCAACGUGCCCUGUCUGCAAGGAUUUGUACGUCAACGACGCUGGCCGUGUUCUUACAUGUGGCCAUGAGAUCUGCUUUGAUUGUUUGCUGAUACUCUCAAACUCUCCGAUUGCCCACAACGGGGAAUUCGGUCAUGGAAAUGAGAAAGAAAACCUUCGUGCGGAACGCGAAUAUGAAGCUGCUGCUGCAAAAGGACAGCGACCUUGCCCUACGUGCAAGAAGAUGAACGACCUGAGCCAAACCAAGGUGUUCAGGUCUAUUGCAUUCGAGCCAGAGGAGGAUGAAGUCGAGGAGGCAAAUCGCGCCCGUAAACGCGCUCGCCGGCUUGCGCCAGAGAAACCUGUACACACGAGCAAAGAUUCAAGUGGGGAGUCAUCUGACUCAGAUUCGGAAAUCGAGGUAUCUGCGCCCUCGCGCUUCAGGGGUGCGACGCCGGAACUCGACAGCUCCGACGAUGAUAUGCCAGAUUUCUCACAGCUAUUCGCGAACAAGGGAAAACUCAAGAAGAAGAAGGCUGCGGGGAAGAAAAGGUUGCGCCAGCAGUCUGACGACGACGAAGUACUUGACUUGACUAUGAGUGAUGUGUCGGACCAUCUCGAUGAUUCCGACGUUGAAUUCGGAAGGGGGUUCGCCGUGCAAUCCUCGAAGAAGCACAAAGACAAUGGAAAAGGAAAGGGACCCAUGAGGGACAGCGCAGAAAAACCCGCCUCCCAAGGCACAGAGAAGGCAAAGUUAGAAGAGUCCGACGCCCCUUCCCGCGCGCUUAUCGCCAUGUGGCGAAAAGGCGAUUACGACCUCGAGCCGAGUACGAAGAUGCUCGCCCUCAUCGAUUUUCUCAAGUCAUGGGACGCCAGCGGGGACAAGACAAUCUGCUAUUCGCAGUGGACCUCGAUGCUUGACCUUAUGGAAACGCUAUUCUCGCGAUACGGGAUACGCAGCCUGCGGUACGAUGGUUCUAUGGACCGGAUAUCACGGGAUAGCGCCCUUGUGACAUUCAAACGACAUGACGGACCGAAGGUCAUCCUCAUCAGCACGAAGUGUGGUAGUGUGGGCUUGAAUUUGGUUGUGGCAAAUCGGAUUAUCAACUUAGAUCUAUCCUGGAACUAUGCAUCCGAGUCACAGGCAUAUGACCGCGUACACCGUUUGGGACAGGAGAAAGAUGUUUUCGUGAAGCGGCUUGUUGUCAAAAAUACGAUAGAAGAGCGAAUGCUGCGCCUUCAGGAGGUUAAAUCUGACCUUGCGGACGCCGCACUCGGUGAGGGCACGGGAACGAAGCUACAGAAGAUGAGCGUUAAGGAGAUCAAGACUUUGUUUGGGAUGAAGACUUGAUCACAAGCGCGGACGUAUCAAUAUUUCCCCCCAUGACAGUGCUCUAGUCGCCUCGGUGCCAGCAUCACGAGGGCCAAGACUGACGCUUAAACUUAUUAUUUAUCUCGCAAUUAUGUUCUUCUUGGAAACAGGUUGUGCAGAUGUAUUAACACCUAAAUGACUCAUUUACUAGUGGUACCUUAUCGUGGCUAAAUGGUAACAUAGAACAAUGCAUA